CAUUUCAUUCCCACAGAGCUUCCACCUUAGUUUACGUCUCUGUAAUGGCUGCUUCUUCAGGGACUGUAUACUCCACUGCCUCUUCCUCCUUCACCGACCUUUUGGCCGGAGAUGUCUACCCAGCCACCGCCGGCGGCGAGAGGAGUGGGCCGUCACCCAAGUUUAAGUCUUUAUCGCCGCCUUCUCUGCCUCUCUCUCCUUCCUCUUACUUUGCGAAUCUUCCUAGCCCCACCCAGCUCCUGGACUCGCCGGUUCUCCUCUCCGAUUCCAAUCUUUUGCCUUCUCCGACCACCGGAACUUUUCCGGCUCAGCCUUUCAACUGGAACACCACUGCAGCUCUGAAGCAGGAAGACAAUGGCGGCUUUUCAGAUUUCUCUUUCCUUACUAACCCUCAAAGCAAUGGCGGAAAUUGUUCAGAUUACAAUCACCAAAACCAAGCAUUAAGGAGGUCAGAUGAUGGGUAUAACUGGAGAAAAUAUGGGCAGAAACAGGUGAAGAGAAGCCAGAAUCCAACAAGUUAUUACAAGUGUACACACCCAAACUGUUCCACCAGGAAGAAGGUCGAGACAUCCUUAGAAGGUGAGAUUACUGAGAUUGUCUACAAAGGCUCUCACAACCAUCCUAUGCCUCAAACCACUCGGAGAUCCUCGGCCGCUUCUCCGGCUUCCUCCUUGACUACACUCCCGGAGAAUUCUUCAGUGUCAUGUGGGGAUGAUGAUUUUGAGCAAAGCUCCCGGAAGAGAGAGUUAGGGGGAGAGGAGUUUCAUGAAUAUGAUUCAAAUGCAAAGAGAUGGAAAGGUGAAACUGGAAAUGAAAAUGAAGGGAUUUCUUCACUGGGAAGUAGGACUGUGAGAGAACCCAGAGUUGUAGUUCAAACCAGGAGUGAUAUUGAUAUUCUUGAUGAUGGGUAUAGAUGGAGAAAGUAUGGUCAGAAAGUAGUAAGGGGCAACCCCAAUCCAAGGAGCUAUUACAAAUGCACUACUCUGGGGUGCCCAGUGAGGAAACAUGUGGAAAGAGCACCGCAUGAUACGAGGUGUGUGAUUACAACAUACGAAGGGAAACACAACCACGAUGUUCCGGCGGCAAGAGGCGGCGGCCAGUACUCCCUCAACAGACCAAUUCCCAGCAAUACCAACAACAGUCCAGCAAUUGCCAUUAGGCCUUCUGCAAUAAUGUCUCAUCAUCAAUCCAGCUUUCUUGCAGGCAUUCUGCCCACACAGGGCUCUGGGAAUCUCGCAAAUCAUCAUCAGACGCAGGGAACCGUGUUCUCCGGAUCCAGGGAAGAUCUCGGAGACGGCAUGUUCCAACAGAUGUUACUGCCCUGAUGAGUUUCUUGAUUCUUGUCAGCAGUAGUUUGGUUGAUUCAUUUGUUUAUACAGCCAUUGUCUUGUUCUCAAGUUUACUGCAAGUGGGUCUAUAUAUACUCUAUACUUAGUUAAGAAUGACACAUAAACAUAUAGUUGAAACUUGAAGUUGUAUUCAUGUAUUUAUCAACUUCCAAACUAUAGAUAAUUGUAUACUUAGUGAUGGGAUAACAAGAGCCAAAUUUGUUU